AUGAGGGAAUACAGCUGGAGCAGUUUCAAGAAUUUCAUUUCCAGAAAUCCUGCUGUUGUCGACCAGGAUCCACAUGUGGAUAAUGGGGAUGAGAAUACUGAGCGUGGGAACUGGGCCAGCAAGAGGGAGUACAUCCUCUCUACCAUCGGCUACGCUGUUGGACUUGGAAAUAUCUGGAGAUUUCCAUAUUUGGCCUACAAGAAUGGAGGUGGUGCCUUUCUUAUCCCCUACUUUGUGAUGUUGGUGGUGGCUGGAAUUCCUCUGUUCUUCCUGGAAAGCGCCUUUGGACAGUUUUGCAGCCAAGGUCCAAUCAACAUAUGGAGAUCAGUGCCAAUCCUGCAGGGUGUUGGCAUUGCCAUGGUUAUGGUGACUCUAAUAGUAUCAGUUUACUAUAACGUCAUCAUCGCCUACAGCCUGUACUACAUGUUCGCCUCCUUCCAGUCUCCUCUGCCGUGGUCCAGCUGUCUCAGUCUGGCUGACAGUAACUGCAGCAACACAUCUAUAGUGCACUGCAAUGUAAGUGGUGUUGUAUUGUCCAACUGGACUCAGGAAAACAGCACUUGUCCUUCAUCCGAUACGAGCCCGAGUGAGCAGUACUGGGACCGUGUGGCUCUGCAGAGAUCCAUCAGUAUGGAUGAAACAGGACCAGUAGUUUGGCACUUGGCCCUUUGUCUGCUGCUGAGCUCCACGAUUGUUGCUGCAGCGCUCAUCAGAGGCAUCAAGUCAUCAGGCAAAGUUGUGUAUUUCACAGCUACAUUUCCUUACGUGGUGAUUCUGAUCCUGCUGAUCAGAGGAGUGACACUAGAGGGAGCCAUAGAUGGGAUAGAGUUCUACAUCGGUUCACAAUCUAAUUUGACUAAACUCACAGAAGUAGAGGUUUGGAAAGAUGCAGCAACUCAGACCUUCUACUCUCUCUCGAUUGGCUGGGGCGGAGUCAUGACUCUUGCUUCCUAUAACAACUUCCACAACAAUAUGUUCAAGGAUGCGUUUGUUGUAACACUCACUAAUGCUGGUACCAGUGUGCUUGCGGGCUUUGCCAUAUUUUCAAUCUUGGGUCACAUGGCUCACAUCUACAAAAUCCCUAUUGGAGAAGUGGUGAAAGAGGGAUUUGGCCUGGCAUUCAUUGUAUAUCCAGAUGCUCUGUCUAAGCUCCCUAUUUCGCCUCUAUGGUCUGUUUUAUUCUUCUUCAUGCUUUUGACUGUCGGUCUGGACUCUCAGUUUGCAGGAAUAGAGGUGAUCACCACCUGCCUGCUUGAUGCCUUCCCUAAAAUCUUCAAAUCCAAACGAGUUUUAUUGACUUUAAUCAUAUCUUCCAUCCUCUACCUGCUGGGCCUACCAUGUGUCACAAGAGCAGGAAUAUACUGGGUGUCCCUAAUCGACCAUUUUGUUGCCAGCUGGGUGCUGCUAUUUUUGGCUCUCUUGGAGAUCAUUGGUGUCUGCUACAUAUAUGGGGGGAACCGUUUCAUUAAAGACAUUGAGAUGAUGAUUGGAAAAAAGAGUUUCAUUUUCUGGCUGUGGUGGAGAGCAUGUUGGUUCUUCAUCAGCCCGUGCGUCAUAGUGGUGAUCCUGAUCUGGUCUCUGAUGAAGUUUAAGCCACCCUCUUAUGGAGAAGCCCAGUUCCCCGUGUGGGGUUUGGCUCUGGGCUGGUGCAUGAUUGUAUUUAUCCUCCUCUGGGUCCCUGUUAUUGCGAUGUAUAAGCUGAUGAGAGCAGAGGGAAGCCCCUGGAAGCGUCUAAAGUCAUUGUGUUCUCCAGCUGAAGAAUGGCAUCCCUACCUGGACAUCCACCGAGGAGAACGCUACUCAGAAGAACGCUGCCGCCUCCGGAUGAGCCAUAAAACCAAACCAGAAGUAAAUGUGAAUGUAAUCUCGAGUUCAUGGCUCUGAUGUGUGUUUUUGUGUGUAGUUUUCUUGUUUGCAGCAGGGUAAUCUGUGAACACUUUAUACUGAAAGUUAAAGUUACAGGGAUUUAUGACCUCCAGUAGGCAGACAGUGACUCAAAUACAAAGCAUCCUGCUGGGGAAGGCAGCAUGCAACAAGCUUGUGUGAG